AGUUUUUAAUAAGUAUAAUCACAUUUAAGAAAAAUAUGCUCAAGAAGGGCUUCAACCUUUCCUCACCAGUAUUGAUUAUACUACCAAGAAUAUACUUAUAUUAAUUAAAUAUGUUUAAGAAGAUAGUCCUGCCCUGGCUUGUGUAGCUCAGUGGAUUGAGCGUGGGCCUGCGAACCAGACAAUCGCGGUUCGAAUCCCAGUCAGGGCACAGACAGGGGUUGCAGGCCGGUUCCCUGCAGGCCAGUUCCCAGCAGGGGACGCAUGAAAGGCAACCAUAUAUUGAUGUUUCUCUCCCUCUCUCCUUCCCUUCCCCUCUAAAGAUAAAUAAAUAAAAUAAAAAAAAUAAUAAUUUAAAAAAAAGAAGAUAGUCCUUAAAACACAUUUUGAGUGAAUAAUAAACUUAGCAAGCUGUGUUUUUGAUAGUUUUAGGAAGAUUGAGGAAUUCAUCCCUGAGACAGGCAGACACUAUUUCUGCCCUUGGGGGCAUCCAGUCUGGGCACAGCUAAAGCUGUAUUUACCACAGGAAGCAUGUACACUGCUAGGAGAAGUAUAGGCUGCUGUAGUUCAUUGUGGUCAAUAGGAGAGCCUGCAGUCUGGCUGUGCCACAACCACCGCUGCCCAGCCCUCUCUGGACAGACUAGUAGCUUCUUGAGCCCCUCAGGGCUCCUCAGUCAUGGGGCUGGCAGGAGCAGGCCAUGAUCUGAUGAAAGAUUGAGGAGGGUAAUGUUGGGUACAGGCAGGCCUUUCCCAGAGUGCUGUAGUCUGGGUACCACCUUUCCUCUCAUUCCUUACCACCUGGCACUCUCCAACUCUAGAUGACAGGAUAUAGGAGCAGGAGUGACACCAAGCAUAGAUUAGGGGCUCUGUCAGUAUUUCCCCACACUCUACCACUGCCCCCCUCCCAAUCCUGAGGCAGGUGGGACAGCAGGGAAACUGAUUCUCAGAGAUGGAUUACCUCUGCCAUAGAUUCCAAAAACAGGGCCCUGGGUUCUGGCUUUCUUGAUGGGAAGAGAAGGAGUCCCCUGCAGAUGCUCUAUGACCUGGACCAGCAGCCCUGACCCUGACCCCUGUCGUCCACAGGGCCCAAGCUCAGCCCUGGCUGAGGUGCAUCGGGAAAGGCGCAGUCACCUGCGCAGGGCCUGCAGCCGCCACACACACCGGCAGCGCUUGCUGCAGCCCGAGGACCUGCGCCAUGUGCUGGUGGAUGACGCACAUAGCCUACUCUACUGCUAUGUGCCUAAGGUGGCCUGCACUAACUGGAAGCGUGUGAUGCUGGCACUGAGCAGCCCCGGGGUCCAGGACCCUCAAGCCAUUCCCGCGUACGAGGCACAUGCACCAGGCCGCCUGCCGUCUCUGGCCGACUUCAGCCCCAAAGAGAUAAACCGGCGCCUGCGCAACUACUUGGCCUUCCUCUUUGUGCGGGAGCCCUUUGAGCGCCUAGCCUCAGCCUACCACAACAAGUUCGCGCAGCCAUACAGCACCGCCUUUCAGCGGCAUUAUGGCACACGCAUUGUGCGGCGCCUUCGGCCCCGCCCUCACCCAGAGGCAUUGGCCCGUGGUCAUGACGUGCGCUUCGCUGAGUUUCUGGCCUACCUGCUGGACCCACGCACACGCCGUGAGGAACCUUUCAAUGAGCACUGGGAGCGCGCCCAUGUGCUCUGCCACCCGUGUCGCCUGCGCUACGAUGUUGUGGGCAAGUUCGAGACCCUGGCAGAGGAUGCAGCCUUUGUGCUGGGCCUAGUGGGCACCCCUGACCUGCGCUUCCCUACACCACCAACCCGUGCCAAGGCAGCUACCACGCACGACCAGGCCAUUAGCCUCUUCCAGGACAUCAGUCCCUUCUACCAGCGACGCCUCUUUGAUCUCUACAGGAUGGACUUUCUGCUCUUCAACUACUCUGCACCCUCCUACCUGCGGCUGUACUAGCCUUUAGUGCCCAUGCAGGGCCUGGUACACUGUGGAGGCUCCUAGGUCAGGGCUGGGGUUUGGGGGACAUAGAGAAUGUGAAUUUCUGAUGGGUCUAGGGUACCCCACUCUCACAGCCACUGCAUUUGGGACUCUCACAGCCACUGCAUUUGGGCUGGUAUCACACCUGGCUGGGUUUGGGUGCAACCUACCUUAGGUGCUGUACACCUAUGUGCUUGCCACCUGUCCUGCCUGUCGCUUGAUGCCUGCUUCCUCUAACUGCUCUAGCUUGACGAUGCUUCUCCAGGAUCCUUGAGUAGGUAAGGACUGGAUGAUAGCAUUUUGAGUUGCAAAGAGGCCUUUUAUUAUUUUAUUUUAUUUUUUUAUUUUUGGUCAGCUCUGUCCCUGAACCUGCCCAUGGUGCAACAGAGCAGAAUGCUGGUUCAAGGUAACCUGUGGCCCAUCCCAGUCCCCUCCCCACCUCACCUACCCUGUUAAGGACAGUCCUGGCCAAGGAGAGAACCCCUUCCCUGCAGGACUUAGGCUGUGGCCAUCCUUACCCAUGGGCAUGGCACAGAGCCAGCUGUAAACUGCCUUUACUCUGCCAAUCACAGAGCAUGGCCAACUUUCCUCUUGCUGGGUUGGCCCUGGCCAGAUGCUAGGUUGUCUCUGUGUGCCCACUGAGCCCAGGAUGCAGUAUGAUGGUGGUUUUUGUAGAACUUUGAUGAACAGGGGAGCUCAUAUACCAAUAAUUGAAAUAAAUGUGUUUUGUUACUUUCUGACAGUUUGGAGUUUUGACAUUUGCUCUGGGGUGUGGGGCUGUCUGAUCUUGGCAUCUCACUGAGUCUCUGUCAGUUUCCACUGUUACCAGAAGGCCUAAGAAUGCCAGGUGGUUAUGAAUAUCAGAUAAGAGAGAUUUAUUACCUUCACAGCAGCACACAAGUGUGAGGGGUUACAUGAGGAAUAGUGUAUAGAGGGAGUGCAUCAUGUGGAGGGUGCUAAAUUGUAGGAUUGAGGAGAAUAGUAACAACUUGAGGAAAAUGUAACCCUUUACACUGCCUGGGCCAAAGAUUAAAGCCCAAACCAGCUCAGUGAGGCCUUCGGCCUUGGGUUGCCUCCCAAUCGUGUGUAUGUGUGUGUGUGGGAGGGGGCAGUUUUGCAGCGUGUAUUGGGUGCUUGACAGUGAGGAUCCACCCUUCUAGCUUUGGGGGGAGAGCCAGCCAUGGGAGUCCCUUAGGAGGGACUGAAGGUCUUUUUAGUGACUAGUUGAAUAUAUAAUGUCACUUCAGAGUGUCUUUGGAUGAUAAAUACAAAUGCCAGAACUUUGGGAAGAACAGAGCAGAAUAUGCUUGAAGUUUUGAAAAACAGGAAUCAGACUACAACUGAGGAAGGGCAGCUUGGCAGCAACAAGGCCAAAGCAGCUGUGGUACCUCCACACACUAUGGUGAGGAUCUAUGAAUGCCUUGGUGGUCUGUGGCGGCCAGGCUGGUCAGAGAUUGGCUUCUUAGCGACAUUCAUGCCCCAGUCUUUGCUAUAGUGUUCCCCUCCUUAUGAUGCUCUCCUUCUCCAGGCUGGUCGUUUGUUCCCUCAUUCUCAGGAGCCUGCCCAAGUGCUUCAGUAUGAUCCUCUCAGAGCUUCCCCACAUUAUGUCCAUAGGUUCUCUCAGUGUGGGUCAGCAGCAGCCAACUCUUUUGGACCUAGGAAGAGUCUGUCACUGAGCUCCUCAUGAAGUCUCUUUCCACUGGAGAGAUGUAGAAAACCUGGGGCCUGGAUGAUUACCAGGAUACCCUGGACCACAGCCAUACCAUGCUGAGCUAGGCUUAAGGAGGGAGGGGCUGGUCCUGUCAGCACACCAGGGACUGCCAUCUUUCUUACAAAUUCCUGUUAUCUACAUACUCCCUCCGAAGCUAUGUACACACCAUGUUUGUUACAUGCUCAGUUGUUAGUCACUUGCUUCCAUAACACAUCUUUGUGCUGAGCCCACUCAGUUCCCACACAGCCGCUGAUAUGUCUUGUUUGCUGAAAGUUAACCCCCAUCCAGAUGUCACACCCUAGAUGCAUCACAAUUAGAAGUCACCUUUUGCCAUCACACCAUCAGCUCUCAUCUCUUCAGAGCCUCCUGAGUGCUGAUACUUGUCACUUUAUCAUUUGGGGCAGGCAUUCCGCAGCCUUGCUCCCCAUUGGACGUCUCCUGUGCAAUCUGAGUUUGCAUGCACUCAACGUCACAUGCUCAGCUCUACCCUGACCACAAUAGCCCUCACCUCUUCCAUGAGUGCAGGACCCAAAGCUCAGGCCUGCACACAUUGGAAGUGCUUCUUGAUUCUCACAUCACCAGCCUAGGGGCAUCCUUCUGCUCUGCCCCUCUUCUGACUUCUUUCCCAUCUGGCUGCAUGAGAACGUGUCUCCUCACAGAUUAGACUUACUGCCUGCCCUUCAGUGGUGUGGUCCUGGUUGGGCCAUGGGAUGACCUGAGAAAGACAGGGUCUUACAAAAAGAGCUGGACAAGACAUGAGGGUACCCAGGUGGUUUCAUAAUCUGGCACCCUCUGCAGACCUGUUAGUUUUCUAUUAAAACCAGUUCCUAAAGUGAUAAA